UGUCAGUUAAAUGUCAACCAUAAAGCCGUAACUACCAUCUAAUACAAAUCGUGUUUUACAAACAUUUUUCUUCAAAACUUGACUUAAACUCAUUAAAACUCUUUAGAAACAUGUCUAAAACAGAGGAAGAAGGUAGUGAAGUACCGGAUACCGGUGAAAAUUCGAACGAAUCUACUUCCGAUACAUUAUCCUCAAGGGGUAAAGAAGAUUUCGAAACUAAAAUCGAAACUGACCGCAGCAAAAGGUUUGAUUAUCUUUUAAAACAAACCGAAAUUUUUUCUCACUUCAUGACAAGUCAAAAUGCAAAAGGAAAAGAGAAACCUAAAACAGGAAGACCAAAAAAACCUAAACCGGACGAUUCUCUUGGAGAUCACAGACAUCGUAAAACAGAACAAGAAGAGGAUGAAGAACUUUUGGCUGAGUCAAACACUAAAAGUAAAAACACGAUACGGUUUGAUAUAUCGCCGCCCUAUAUAAAAGGUGGCGAAAUGCGUGAUUAUCAGGUAAGGGGCCUUAAUUGGAUGAUCUCUCUUUAUGAAAAUGGCAUCAACGGAAUAUUGGCCGAUGAGAUGGGUCUUGGUAAAACGUUACAAACGAUCUCGUUGCUCGGAUUUAUGAAACACUACAAAAGUAUUGGUGGACCGCACAUAGUCAUCGUUCCUAAAUCAACACUGCAAAAUUGGAUGAAUGAAUUUGGUAAAUGGUGUCCCUCUAUUAGAGCGGUUUGUUUAAUUGGUGAUCAAGAAGCUAGGAGUACAUUUAUAAGAGAUGUAUUAAUGCCAGGAGAAUGGGACGUUUGUAUAACAUCAUACGAGAUGUGUAUAAAAGAAAAAUCAGUGUUAAAAAAAGUUAAUUGGCGUUAUAUGGUGAUUGAUGAAGCUCAUCGUAUAAAAAAUGAAAAAUCCAAACUCUCCGAAAUUCUACGUGAAUUUAAAACAACCAACCGUCUCUUAUUAACGGGUACCCCAUUACAAAACAAUCUCCAUGAACUUUGGGCUUUGCUCAACUUCCUUUUACCCGACGUUUUUAAUUCCUCCGACGAUUUCGACUCCUGGUUCAACACCAAUCAAUGUCUCGGCGAUAAUGCCUUGGUCGAACGGCUACACGCCGUCUUAAAACCGUUUUUACUGAGACGUUUAAAAUCAGAAGUGGAGAAAAAGUUGAAACCAAAAAAGGAAGUCAAAAUCUACAUUGGUUUAAGCAAAAUGCAAAGGGAAUGGUACACUAAAGUAUUAAUGAAAGAUAUCGACGUUGUAAAUGGGGCGGGUAAAAUCGAAAAAAUGCGUUUGCAGAACAUUUUGAUGCAGUUGAGAAAAUGCACGAAUCACCCUUAUUUAUUUGACGGGGCGGAACCUGGACCACCCUACACCACCGAUGAGCAUUUAGUUUAUAAUUGCGGAAAGAUGUCGAUUUUAGAUAAGUUAUUGCCUAAGUUGCAAGAACAGGGCUCGCGAGUGUUGAUUUUUUCACAAAUGACAAGAAUGUUGGAUAUUUUGGAGGAUUAUUGUCAUUGGAAACAAUAUCAGUAUUGCCGUUUAGACGGCCAAACACCGCAUGAAGAUCGACAACGUCAAAUUAACGAGUACAAUGAUGACGAUAGUAAAAAAUUCAUUUUUAUGUUAUCAACCAGAGCUGGAGGUUUGGGUAUUAACUUGGCCACUGCUGAUGUGGUCAUCAUUUACGACUCUGAUUGGAAUCCCCAAAUGGAUCUCCAGGCGAUGGACAGAGCACAUAGAAUUGGGCAAAAGAAACAAGUUCGUGUAUUUAGGUUUAUAACAGAAAAUACAGUUGAAGAAAAAAUUGUAGAACGAGCCGAGAUCAAAUUACGUUUAGACAAGUUGGUUAUUCAACAGGGAAGACUUGUUGAUAGCAAAGCGAACGCGCUCAACAAAGAUGAAAUGUUGAGCAUGAUCCGUCACGGGGCCAAUCACGUUUUCGCAUCAAAAGAUUCGGAUAUCACUGACGAGGAUAUCGAUACUAUUUUGUUAAAGGGAGAAACAAAGACGGCCGAAUUGAAUCAAAAAUACGAAUCUCUAGGAGAAUCGUCUCUUCGUAAUUUCACGGUUGAUACGCCUACGGAAUCCGUAUAUAAAUUCGAAGGGGAGGAUUAUCGAGAGAAACAAAAAACUCUAGGAUUAAGUAAUUGGAUCGAACCGCCAAAACGGGAACGCAAGGCGAAUUAUGCGGUGGAUGCGUACUUCCGGGAGGCGCUGAGGGUGUCCGAGCCUAAGGCUCCAAAGCCGAAUGAAAAGGCACCACGUCCUCCGAAACAACCGAUAGUUCAAGACUUUCAAUUCUUCCCACCGCGACUUUUUGAGCUGCUCGAUCAAGAAAUCUACUACUACCGGAAAACGUUGGGAUACAAAGUUCCGAAAAAUCCCGAGUUAGGACCGGACGCAAGCAAACAACAAAAAGAGGAGCAAAGGAAAAUCGACGAAUCCGAACCGUUAAGCGAAGAGGAACAACAGGAAAAAGAAAGUUUACUUACACAAGGAUUUACUAAUUGGUCUAAACGAGAUUUUAACCAAUUUAUCAAAGCUAAUGAAAAAUAUGGGAGAGAUGAUAUUGAAAAUAUCGCUAAAGAAGUUGAGGGGAAGACUCCGGAAGAAGUUAUGGAAUAUUCGGCCGUUUUUUGGGAGCGGUGUCAUGAAUUAACUGAUAUCGAUCGAAUAAUGGCCCAAAUCGAAAGGGGCGAAGCGAAAAUUCAACGACGAGCUAGCAUAAAACGUGCUUUAGACGCAAAAAUGGCACGUUACAGGGCUCCUUUCCAUCAAUUACGAAUCUCCUACGGUACAAACAAAGGUAAAAAUUACAUGGAGGACGAAGACCGUUUCUUGGUUUGCAUGUUACACAAACUCGGUUUCGAUAGAGAAAACGUUUACGAGGAAUUGAGAGCAGCUAUUAGGGCUUCGCCCCAAUUUAGAUUUGAUUGGUUUUUGAAAUCUCGUACUGCCAUGGAAUUGCAAAGAAGGUGUAAUACUUUAAUUACGCUGAUUGAGAGAGAAAAUCAGGAGUUGGAGGAGAAAGAAAGGGCGGAAAGGAAGAAAAAGAAUCCGAAAGCGGGUUCUGGACUUGGAGGGACGCCUCAAACCUCAUCCAAAACCGGACAGAAAAGGAAGAACGAAUCCACUGGAGGAAUGCCGGAUAAGAAAAAGAAGAAGAAGUAAAAAAGAAAUGAAACAAAUUAUAGGAGUUAAUAAGGAGUAAUGAGAAUUUGAUGUCAAGACGUUUUUUUGGAAAAAAGAUUUUUGUUUCGGUCUUUUUUAGCGUUUUUUUCUUAACUUAAUCUAUAGUAGACUGUCCUGAAUGUGUUAGAUUAUUUUUUUUAAUACAUGCUAUAAGUGAA